UAGAUGGUAUAUCUUCUAAAUAAACCACAUCCAAGCGACUCAGAAGAGCCGAGCUGCCGAUCCUUCCCCCGAAGUUCUCAGAUCUCGAGACCCAAAUUCCCGCGACGAUCGUAAUGGAUCUGCGCGCCCAUUACCCGAUCCCGUGGGAAGCUUCUGGUGGGAGGGAUCUCUGAGCAGCGGGAUUCUGCGGGGAAGAAGAACAGGAGGAGGAAAAGCGAGCCCUAAUUAGUAGAUGAUGGGGAGACCUGACGCUGCUCUCCUGCUCAUUGUGCUUGUCGCUUGCUUUUCGAGAGCAAAAACUGAUGGGUUGGAUCACAAAUAUAAGGAGGGGGAUCGCGUUCCUUUGUAUGCGAACAAAGUCGGCCCGUUUCACAAUCCAAGAUGCAGUGAGACCUACCGGUACUACGAUUUACCAUUUUGUAAACCAGAUCACAUUAAUGAGAAGAAGGAAGCUCUCGGUGAAGUUCUAAAUGGCGAUCGAUUGGUUGAUGCACCAUAUGAGUUAAACUUUCGCAAGGACAAGCAAUCUGAGAAUCUUUGUAAAAAAACUUUGUUGGAGGAAGAUGUUGUCAAGACUAGAGAAGCCAUUUCGAGAGAUUACUAUUUUCAAAUGUUCUAUGAUGACUUGCCUUUUUGGGGAUUUAUCGGACAUUUUGAUGAGAAUAUGUCCGAUCCGAGGGAGAACAAGUACUUUCUAUACAAACACAUUCAUUUUCAAAUUCUCUACAAUGAUGACCGUGUGAUCGAGAUAAGUGCGAUCUCUGACCCAAACAUAUCUAUAGAUAUCACAGACGAUAAGGAAGUUGAUGUUGAUUUCUUGUAUUCGGUUUCGUGGAAGACAACUAAUAUCCCUUUUGAGAAAAGAAUGGAUAAGUACUCGAAACAUUUAGAAAUUCACUGGUUUUCGAGAAUAAACUCGUGUGUCACCGUCGUCCUUCUUACCGGUUUCCUUGCUACCAUUCUUAUGAGAGUACUGAAAAAUGAUUUUGUUAGAUAUGCUCGCGACGAGGAGUCUCCAGAAGACGAAGAGGAGACCGGAUGGAAGUACAUUCAUGGAGAUGUCUUUAGAUUUCCUAAGCACAAGUCCUUGUUCUCGGCUUUAAUUGGAUCUGGGACCCAACUCCUCGCCUUAGCUACGUUCAUCUUCCUUCUGGCACUCGGUGGUGUGUUCUACCCAUACAACAGAGGAGCUUUCUUCACAGCUGUUGUAGUUAUAUAUGCCCUCACCUCUGUUAUUGCUGGUUACACUGCCACCAAGAUGUAUUUGCAGCUAGAAGGAACCAACUGGGUGAGAAAUCUUUUACUGACAUGCUUCCUGUUCUGUGGACCUCUUUUUUUGACAUUCUCUUUCGUUAACACCGUAGCCGUAGCGUACAGUGCAACGGCGGCCUUACCUUUCGGAACUAUUAUGGUGAUUCUUCUGAUAUGGAUUCUUGUGACGUUGCCGUUGCUCGUAUUGGGUGGUGUCGCCGGAAAGAACAAUAGAGUAGAAUUCGAUGCUCCGUGUCGCACGACGAAAUACCCGAGAGAAAUCCCUCAACUUCCUUGGUACAGAGAUACAAUACCUCAAAUGUUGAUGGCGGGAUUCCUUCCCUUCAGCGCCAUCUACAUCGAAUUGUUCUAUAUAUUUGCAAGCAUAUGGGGUCACAAGACCUACACUAUAUACGGCAUUCUCUUCGUAAUCUUUGUAAUCCUUAUCGUUGUUACGGCGUUCGUUGCUGUCGCGUCAACGUAUUUCCAACUAGCUGCCGAAGAUCAUGACUGGUGGUGGAGGUCUGUUUUCUGUGGUGGCUCCACUGGCUUAUUUAUUUUCUUCUACUGCCUUUACUACUAUCAUGUUAGAACAGACAUGUCUGGCUUAAUGCAAGCAUCAGUUUUCUUUGGAUACAUGGCCUGCAUCUGCUAUGGCUUCUUCCUCAUGCUCGGCACCGUCGGAUUCUGUGCUUCACUGUUUUUCGUCCGCCGUAUAUACCGCUCGAUCAAAUGCGAAUAAAACUCGUCACAGUAUUGAGUAAACUUUAGAUUCACAUUCAGUGUUUCUCCAUUGUAGUUAUAAGGGGAGGUCUAAUAAAUUGGUUUCUUUAGUUCUUCAGCAAAAUAUUACUAGUCUGGGAGUAAUGGUAUGUUUUGCUUUAAAUAAAUAUGAUAUUUAUUUGUUGUGCAAGUUUUGUGAGUUUUAUUCGGAUCAGAUGAUCCAUUCUUAGAAU